GGCGGUGGGGCGUCCCGCGUUGUUUGUGGUGGCCGUCGUGCUGUGCUGCGUGUGUGGCUGUGCAGCGACCACUGCUGAGGGCAUCGGUGACGAGGAGCAAGUGAUUCUUGCCCUGCAGAAGGCGAGGGAGAAGGCAGUUGAGGCCAAGGAAGCGGUGAAUGCGGCCAAGAGUAAGGUGGAUGCUGUAAAGAGUGCAACGAAGCAAUUCGAAACUGAAGCAAGAACGGCGUCACUGGCAGCUUCCAAGUUAAAUGAGAAGGUGGAGGGCAAGACUGGUAAUAUUCAGCAGGAGAUUAUUGCUGAGUUGGUCGGCUUGGCGAAUUCCGCAAAGGCCACGACGAACACUUCUCACGCAUCCGUUGCUUUAAUCGUGCAGAAGGUUAAGGAAGCAGGGGAAGCAACGACUUGGGCAAAGGAGUUGUUCACGGAAGCGCAGGGGAUGGCGGACAGUGCAACGGCCAGCGGGGUUGAAGAUAUCAGCAACGAAGCGAAGCUGGCACACAAGGCAUUUGGAAAGCCAUCAGAAGUGCUGACGGCACUUUCACACGUCGACAGUAGCGCUGAAAAGGCAAAAAUUGCCGCGUCGCAGGGAACGAACGCUUACUUAGCGUUAAAUAGGGCUGACCUAGCUCUCAUUCUUCUCAAUGAAAUGAAAAAUAACAGUGGUUCAUCAAAUACGCCUAAGGAAAUAGUUACUCUUGCCAAAGAAGCUGAGAAUUUCGCAAAGAAUGCAGUCAAUGAUGCGGCACUGGUGCCUGCUGCUGCGAUCGAGGCUGCUAAACAUGCCGAAGAUGCUGUUGCGAGAACUGAUUUAUGGCUGAAGCAGAUCGACGACGCGAUGAGGGUUCUUGCCAAAGAAGAUGGGAAACCUGAGGUGCCACCCGUAAUUUCUCAGCUUCCUCCACCUCCACCUCCACCUCUGCCUCCUGGGCCAUCAGGGGAAGAAACAGACAGCCAGGGUCUCCCACAGGAUCCACUGAGCAGUACUUCCCCUGCAGGAAAUGAGCAACUGACACCUCCCAACAGCGAUGUACACAACACCCUGCAGGAUAUCCAGAGUAUGGACAGCAGCGUCAGUCCUUCGUGGGUGCGU